GCACCAGCCCUGAAAGGAACUGGACGAGCAUUGGCCUCUAGCAAGGCCGAGGCCGACUUUCGUGAAGACGGCAACAGGACCAGAGAGAACGGAAGAGAGACCGGCCGGGCAUAUCAGGAAUGUCCGUCCAUCCGUUCUACGAGCUAACCUUAGUUCGAGCCUUUCCAGCCGUUCCAUCAGCUGAAUAGGCAGCCCGUUGGCUGCCCAUCGCUCCAAGAUUCCGCAGAGCCCAUCAUUGAAAGUAGAGCAGAUACAUUCAUACACUGGCUACCAAUACAGACAGACAGGCAGUUCCAUUUCCAUUUUUAUCGCCAUCCUAGGCCUAGCCCUGCAAAAUUCGGUGUUUCUCUUUGGCACGUUCUCCAAGAUGUGGCUCUGGGCCCUCCUUUGGAUACUGGGUCUGUCUGGGGCCGAUCCGAGCCCGAAUCUGGGUCAUGGAAAUGAGAGUUGGUCGAUAUCGCCCCGUUUGGCCGUGUCCGCCCAUUUGAUGCCUUCAAACCGGAGCUGGAAGGGUGAUGACGCCCGUGUUUCGCCGCCUUUGACCGUUAUUCCCCGGAAAGAUGAUUGGACCAUCAUCAAAGUCCGCGAAGGUCUCUCGCUCAACAUAUCUUGUCGAUUGGCGUAUCCGCCCCCAGGGCGUCCGAUGGGGGAGUGGGAUGAGGCUCAUGUGGGCUACGAUCUCAAUUGGUACCUCCCCGGGUCCCGAACGGGCAGCUUGGAACCGCGGAAAACGCCUACCCUCUUUUCCAUGGUGUUGAGACAACUUCAAAUGACGGAUUCGGGUUCUUACAAAUGCACGGCCAGGCGGAAAGAUUGGUCACUGACCGAGAAUUUUGAAGAAGAAGAAGAAGCCGCCGACCUAGCAGAGGAAAAUGAGGGUCUAGAAGGAAUUUUGUCCCAUUCUGUAGUCCUUAAAGUGCUCUCAGCCGAUACGAGUUGUGGGACGAACUUUUUCCGUUGCCGCAAUGGUAUUUGCAUCUUGAAUCCGUAUGUUUGCGAUGGUGUGGCCGAUUGUCCGGAUUCGUCGGAUGAAGCGGAGGCGAAAUGCGGUUUGGAUCCAUGUGAUGCCAAACUGCGUUGCGAGGAUAAGCGUUGCAUGGAUCCGGGGUUAUGCUGUGACCCGGAAUUGAAUGAGAAUUGCUCGUAUCUUCAUCCUUGUUGCAAGGCGUUGGUCGAAUCCAAUCGACACUUUUACGAAAUGGGUAUUAAGAAGCGCAACAAAGAUAUCCACAUUGUUCACUCCACCGUUUACUCGAUCGUUGCUUGCAUCUUAGCCUUCUUAGCUUUGGUUUUCUUGGUGACCGUGGUUGUUUGUCGGAUCCAUGUCCGGCGAUGUCGUCACAUAUUUCAUUUAGCCUCGGGAACGACUCCGCGACAGCCCUUGAGUUUGCAUGAUCUCGAAGUAUUGAUGCAUUUAAGGCGAAACAAUCACAAUCCCUUCAUUGGCAUUGUGUAUAACAUUAACAACGGAGUGCAAAUGGUGGGUGGCAAUCGGAAUGUCACGCCUCCUCCUCCAUAUAACCAAGAUGGCCAGAACGAACCACCUCCACCCUAUGAUGGCUUGGUCGGAAUGGCUCACGGAGGUUUUGCUCACCAAGGUAUGAACGAUGAGGAGAUUAUUCUUCUAAACAAUAAUGAUGACGACAACAACAACAAUGGAGAUAUCAACGGGAACAGUGAAAUGGUCAAUCAAAAUAUUGUCCAAGAGCAGCAACAAUUAUUAUUGCAGCAGCACGAACAGCAACAACAACCACCCCCGAAUGAGCAACAGAACUAGAACUUGCCCCUAGAACUUGUUCCUAUCUGGAGCCUUGAUCUCAUUUUUGUUGUCUUGAUGUUUGCCCAGAUUUCAUUUCCGUCUUCAUCCUGAUUGAGAAACCAACUUCAUGUACAAAGUCAAUAUGUUACUCAUGGAUCCAGAACCCCAAUGGAUCAAUCUGAUCAUUUAUUCUUCCUGUCCAUUUGUCUCGCUCAUCUCACCUAUGGAGCACGAUCCUUACAAUGAAAAAAUUAUUUUGAAUGCAUUUCACAUUUCACCUCGUCAGAAAUAAAGAAAUCAUGAAUUGUGA